GCCGGAUGUGACGUAGCGGGGGCCAAGGUGCGCCGGGGCCGCGGAGAGAGCGCCGAGGCGGCGGGCCUCAUCCCGAAAUCUGGCAGUCACUGACAUAGCCGGGCGCCCGCGGCCCGAGCGUCCCCACCGGCACCAUGCCCGCGCUCCUGGAGCGCCCCAAGCUUUCCAACGCCAUGGCCAGGGCGCUCCACCGGCACAUCAUGAUGGAGCGGGAGCGCAAGCGCCAGGAGGAAGAGGAGGUGGACAAGAUGAUGGAACAGAAGCUGAAGGAGGAGCAGGAGAGGAGGAAGAAGAAGGAAAUGGAAGAGAGGAUGUCCCUGGAGGAGACCAAGGAGCAAAUCCUGAAGCUGCAGGAGAAGCUUCUGGCCUUGCAGGAGGAGAAGCACCAGCUCUUCCUGCAGCUCAAGAAGGUUUUGCACGAGGAAGAAAAACGGAGGCGAAAGGAGCAGAGCGACCUGACCACGCUGACCUCGGCUGCCUACCAGCAGAGCCUGACGGUUCACACGGGAACUCACCUGCUCAGCAUGCAGGGGAGCCCCGGAGGACACAGCCGCCCAGGCACCCUCAUGGCAGCUGACAGAGCCAAACAGAUGUUUGGACCCCAAGUGCUUACGACCCGGCACUAUGUGGGCUCAGCAGCAGCUUUCGCAGGGACCCCAGAGCACGGGCAAUUCCAAGGCAGUCCUGGCGGUGCCUAUGGGACUGCUCAGCCCCCGCCUCACUACGGGCCCACCCAGCCAGCCUAUAGUCCCAGUCAGCAGCUCAGAGCACCAUCAGCGUUUCCUGCAGUGCAGUACCUCUCUCAGCCUCAGCCACAGCCCUAUGCAGUGCAUGGCCACUUCCAGCCCACCCAGUCAGGGUUUCUACAGCCCGCUGGUGCCCUGUCCUUGCAAAAGCAGAUGGAGCAUGCUAACCAGCAGACCGGCUUCUCAGACUCCUCUUCCCUGCGCCCCAUGCACCCCCAGGCUCUGCAUCCAGCUCCUGGACUCCUUGCCUCCCCCCAGCUCCCAGUCCAGAUGCAGCCAGCAGGAAAGUCAGGCUUUACAGCUACCAGCCAGCCCGGCCCUCGGCUCCCCUUCAUCCAACACAGCCAGAACCCACGCUUCUACCACAAGUGACCACCAGAGAGUCUCUUCAACCCCACCACGGGUGAGGGUCCCCCUUGUGUGUCCCAGGCCAAUAAACUCUACCUGCCAUGGCCCGGCUGCUGCUGUUUGUGUUGCCCCCACCCAGCUGUGGAGCACUCCGAGGCUGCCUGGGGGGAGGGGGAGGCCAGCAGGUCCACAGCAAGUCCAAGUGAUGACAGUCGGUGACAAUGAACCCAGAAGCAGAGUUCAGUUUAUUUCUGGCUUCCAGAUACACUUUCCAGUCAGCAAGUAGCCAUUCAAUUCAAGUAAGCAGCUGAGUUGGGUGCUUCAUAUUAAACUUGUAGUUUUAUUCAGGUUUGAUUUUUAACAAAUGUGUCGGGGAAGAGAGCCCGCAGGAAAAGGGUGAAGCCCACGGGGGCAGGGCCUCCCAGAUGCCUGAAGAGGGGGGCAGGUCCCCUCCCCUCCCCUUCCCUCCCCAUCUGAAGGGGUUUGAAGAGAGACCCAGGCGGGGGAGGGGCUGGUCCCCAGUCUGUGGGGAAGGUGCUUAGGGUGAAGGCUAUGAGGAACAGGAGACCAGACCAGGGAUGAGGAGGGGACGGGCACAAGGACCAUUUGCCAGAAUCCACAGCUUUCUGAUUCCAGAUUGAAUUAAAAAAAAAAAAAAAAAAACUAAA